CUCCAGGACCUCCAGGACCAGGAUUGGCCCCCCCUGCACUAAAUACACAGCAGUCGUUGACUCCCAGACCAGGUUAGUCGGACCGUCUCGGUGUUCUGGGAGGGUCGAGGUCUACCAUGAUGAAGUUUGGGGGACGGUGUGUGAUGACGGCUGGGACCUCAGCGACGCCGCGGUUGUCUGCAAGCAGCUGGGAUGCGGCCCCCCACAGAGGGCCCCCACGGUCGCCUACUUUGGUGAAGGAACCGACCCGAUCUGGCUGGACGACGUGGCCUGCAAAGGAACCGAGAGCAGCUUGGCUGAUUGUCUCCACGGAGGAUUUGGAAGGCAUAACUGUGGACAUGGAGAAGACGCUGGUGUCAUCUGUGAAGUUUCAUUGGUCAGGACCAGGAGAAACCCAGUUCAGACUGGCUGGUCCAACCCGGUGUUCAGGGAGGGUGGAGGUUUACCAUGGACACGCCUGGGGGACGGUGUGUGAUGACGGCUGGGACCUGAGCGACGCCGCGGUGGUCUGCAGGCAGCUGGGCUGCGGCGCGGCGCUCAGCGCUCCGACCUCGGCCUACUUUGGCCAGGGAACCGGGGAGAUCUGGCUCAGUGACCUGGGCUGUUCAGGAACGGAAGUCAGCCUCUCUGAAUGCUCCUACACGGGGUUCGGCAUUCGGAACUGUGAUCACAGUGAAGACGCUGGCGCCACCUGUGCUGGAGCCCAGAUCCGGUUGGCCGGUCCAACCCGGUGCUCCGGGCGGGUCGAGGUUCUGUUCAACGGCACCUGGGGGACGGUGUGUGAUGACAGCUGGGACCUGAGCGACGCCGCGGUGGUCUGCAGGCAGCUGGGCUGCGGGCCGCCUCAGGCCGCCCUCAGCGCCGCAAGCUUUGGGGAAGGAACCGGCCCGGUCUGGUUCGCUAACAUGAGCUGCUCCGGAACCGAAGCGGACCUGACUGAGUGCGGCCACAGCGGGUUUGGGGCGAACCGCUGCGGACACGCUGAGGACGCCGCGGUGGUCUGCGGCGCCCCGGUCAGACUGGCGGGUCCAACCCGAUGUUCUGGACGGGUGGAGGUCUACCACAGCCACAGCCAGGCCUGGGGGACGGUGUGCGAUGACGGCUGGGACCUGAGCGACGCCGCGGUGGUCUGCAGGGAGCUGGGCUGUGACCGGGCCUAUGAAGCUCCAGGUGGGGCCCAGUUCGGACCCGGAACUGGAAGCAUCAUGCUGGACGACCUGGUCUGCUCCGGUACCGAGAGGAGCCUGACGGACUGCGGCCACAGCGGGUUUGGGCUGCAGAACUGUGACCAUGAUGAGGACGCCGGAGCGCUCUGUGAAGGAAUCCUUAGGAAGGUGGUGAGACUGAAGGUUCUGCAGGAUUCCUCUCUGGACCUGAACUACCCGGCGGUGCUGGACGGGUUUCUGAACCAGCUGAAACAGAAGCUGCAGGAUCAGGAGCUGAACGGAAACAUCAAACUGAGCUGGAUGACUUCACACGGAAAAAUCUUCAACAAGGACAAAGGACAAAACUGAAGAGCAGAAUAAAUAAAGUCUUUGUUUCCUGAGUGA